AAUUUGUGCACCAACAACGUGUCACACGCUUCUUCAGUUAAUAUCAGCGGUCUAGUAGUAGUAUGUUAAGUUGUUAGAUUGUCUAAGAAAGCAAAGCACCCUUAUUUAUAUUGAUUGUAUCGUCUGUCAAAACUCAAAAUAUUUUUGUACGUUGUCACGAAGCUGAAACUAAAGUAAACAUACUUACAUAUUAUUACUUAAUAAUGUCUAAAACUGGUAAAAAAACUAGAAAAGAACUAAAAAAGAAAAGUGCAACUGCUAGUAGUCCAGCGGCAAAAUCGCGUUCCAAGCGAGAAGAUAAUAUUGCAAAAUCCAGGAAACUCACUGAAAAAUUGAAAAGCUGUGGUGGUCGCACCUUAAAAUCAUCUCGAUCCUCUAAUCUAACAUAUAAUAGUAGCACAAAGGUUUGUGACAAUGGAAAACCCAUGCCGCCAUUGUCGGAACUUGAGAAGAUGUUUGAAGACUCUGAUGAUGAAGAACCCAAAAUAAUUACUAUCCAGAAAGAACACGACUUGCCUGUAAGUCCUUCUUCAUUUUCAUCAAAUAAUUUAACAUCACCAAGCACAAUAAAAAAAAUUGCUGAUAGAAUGAUGGACUUUACUUCAAACUUACCAGAUCCUACACCUGAUAAUGGCUCCUCUGAGCCUGUAGUACAUCCUAAAAAGAGAAACAAAAAUAAAGGCAUGGAAGAAGAAUGCCCCAACAGAGAAAUCAAAAGAUACAAAGCAUCUAAAAACAAUGAUGUAACAAUAAGGUUGAAAGACUAUGAAAAAUCUUAUCACAGUGACGGCAGUACAGAUAGUAAUAAGACUAUUGAUUACGAUUUAAGUAAAUCUCCUUCUGUUAAUAGUAGACCACAUCAAUUUUCGCCAUUACCAAGCACAUCCAGAGAUAGAGAAACUAUCAAUAGAAAUGACCAACUUUUCAAUGAGAGUCUUUCAAGUGAAACUGUCUCAAAUGAAAAUACAUCAAAAGCAAACACUACUUUCAAGGAAUUAAAGCUAAAUGCAAGUAAUGAUAAAGAAUCUUUAGCAGUUAACACUGUAAAUGUAUCCAAAAUUGAUGAUGAUGUUGAAAUUCUUCAAAGUUCUUGUGAAACCAUUGUGAUUGAUGAGGAUUUUGAGAUCAGCAAACCAAUUAGAAGAAAAAAUAUUGAUGUAAAUAAUAUACUUGAUUGCAUAGAGGUUGUUGAACCAGAUGUUAAAAAGAAAAACUUUAAAUUACAAAAUAGUGAAGCAAUCGUAAUUGAUGAUGAUGAUUGUUAUAGUAAGUCUGUUGAUGAUAAUUCAGUCUAUGAUGAAUUUACAGAAGUAAUAGAUGUUGAUGACAUACUAGCAGAAAACAAAGCUAUUAUUGAUAAGUACUCAAAAGAUAAAAAUAAUGACAUUAAUACUGUAACUUAUGUUGAUUGCACUACAAUAUCAAAUUUAGACAAAGAAAAAAAUGAACCAAGAUCUGGAAAUAGGGAGAAUGUUGAAACACUGCAGCCAUUUGCUGACUUGUCACAGAUAGUAGGUACUAACAACUCAACUAAUUCACAUCAUUCCUCAAGGAGGAAUAAUCAAAAUGACAGUGUUAUUCUAGUACAGGACAUACUCCCACAAAAUCAUUCAAACAAAUCUCAUCAACAAAAUACAAAUAUAAUGCAUGAUGAUUACAUCCAUCUCCAUGAUGACUCAGACACCAGUCAUCAAACACAUUAUCUUCACAGACGGCAGAAAAAAAAAACAUUAUAUAAGAGAUGUAAGAAAUGUUUACAUUAUCAUCACACAGCUGAUGAGACAAAUAAUAGAGGACAAGAUUAUGACUCAGACACUGACAUUUCACAUGAGAGGAAAUGUAAUAAAAAUCAUGAACAUCAUACAAGUGAUAUGCACAGACAUAUUUUCAAAAAUAUUCAGCUAAGGUAUCUUAAUGAGGAUAGGAAUAGUCAUAUAAAUAAUAACCAACAACAAAACAACAGAACUGAUAGACAUCCACAUACAUCUUCAGUAGAUGAGACAAAUUAUAUACAACAAGAUUGUGAUUCGGACUCUGACAUUCCACAUGAGAGGAUAUGUAAUAGAAAUCAUGAACAUCAUACAAGUGAUAUGCACAGACAUAUUUUCAAAAAUAUUCGGCUAAGGAAUCUAAAUAAGGAUAGGAGUAAUCAGAUAAAUAAUAACCAAAAACAAAACAACAGAACUGAUCGACAUCUACAUACAUCUUCAGUAGAUGAGACAAAUAAUAGACAACAAGAUUAUGACUCGGAUACUGACAUUCCACAUGAGAGGAUAUGUGAUAAAAAUCAUGAACAUCAUACAUGUGAUAUGCACAGACAUAUUUUCAAGAAUAUUCAGCUAAGGAAUCUCAAUAAGGAUAGGAGUAGACAUAUAAAUAAUAAUCAACAACAAAACAACAGAACUGAUAAACAUCCACAUACAUCUUCAGUACAGCAGACAUGUCCCACUGCACCUCCUGUUCCAAAAUCACCACGAAAAAAAUUGGGUGAUUGUCCUAUUUGCAUGGACAGCUUAGCAAAAAAUGCAGUAGCUUCAACAAUAUGUGGCCAUGUGUUCUGUUUGAAAUGUAUUGAUGCUGCAUUUAAAACAAGUGGCAAAAAAUGUCCUACUUGUAGGAAGUCUCUAAAAAAAGGUGGGUACCACCAGAUAUUUUUGUAAAUUGAACCAAGGUUCAAUUGACACAAGUGUCAAUAUUAUCAAUUUUGAUUAUCCCACCAUAAGUAUGCUGGGCAUAUUUUUAAUUUUCUUUUUUUUUUUUCAAUAUAAAUAGUAUUUUUCAAUAUAAUAGAAAGCAAAUCUGUCAAGCUCUCAAUAUUAGUAAGAAGAUAUUAGUUGAUUUCAUAGAUCAUUUAGGUUUAUUACUAACUGUAUAGUUUGUGGAUUCAGAUAUAAUCAUGGAAUUAGUAGGUACUCCGUCGAAGUACUUAUUAAAUCCAUGCAUAUAAUUUGUAGUGUAUAUAUUCAUGACAUUACAUAAUAUGUCAUGAAAAAAUCCAUUAUGGUUUAUAUAUGACUGAUAAACAAUGUAAUUUUGUGUAAAGAUAUAUGCAUAUCUUUACACCUACAUGCUAGGUGCUUAUAUUUUAAGUAUAUGAAUCCUUGUACCUAAGCUAUGACCGUUGGACAGUACAGUAUGUAUAAUAUUUUUUCCAUUAAUCGAAAAAUAAUAAUUAUAUCCCCUUAUAGACUUCCAUGGUCCCAAAUGUAAGUACUUGUAUUCAUAAUAUCAAAAUAUAUUUUUUUCCUCUUUUUUUGUCUUGUACCUAUACUCUGUCAAAUUUCAGAGUCUAAAACAAAACAUUCAUAAUUUUAACAGGCCAAAAGCUUAGAAACCACUAAAAUCAGUGUAUGUAUUGUGUUCUGAUGUCAUGUAUGUAUCAAAAACUUCAUAAGGGUUAGGUAUAUACCUAAUUGUUAAUACCAUGUUAGGAUCGCAAAUUCCAGUUUGAAAUAGUCAUAUAAGUGAAAUUAAAUUCAUAUGUAAGUCUUGAACUUAUAUUGUAUAUCAAAAAAAUUAACCAAUAACAAUAAAUAUCAUUUGAUUACAAAUUACAUAAA